GUGUGGAGUAUACUACUCUGCCACUAGCAAGCCCCACCGGUUGCUAAAGUCAUUAAGAGUAGCAUUUCCUUUAUAACUUCAUUUUUUUACUAUCUUUUAGAUAGUACAAGAAAAUAGUAAAACGAAAAAUGAACUACAAGAAAUUAGGAGGAUACAAGAAAAUGAGAGGAUUUAUGUGCCAUCCUCAAUUCUCAACUGCAGUGUGUUUGAGUUGUGAUUCAAGGUCAGUUGUCGUGCCUGCGCCGCCGCGACAUAGAAUGUCGAUGGAAGAACAUACAAAAUUAAUUAACAAGGGUACGAGGUUAGGGGAUGUACCUCGUACACUUGGUUCAAUGCCUAUAAGCAAGAGAUCAAGAAAUGUUGUUGCUGGUUCCUCUGUUUUGACAAUGCCUAAGAGAGAUCAAGAAAAUGGUUGCAAAAUUGUUCCUUCAAUACCCUAUUCAGAUAACUCCUUCCAGGUUGUUGUGAUGAGAGUGUCACUUCAUUGUCAAGGCUGUGCUGGUAAAGUGAAGAAACAUCUCUCCAAGAUGGAAGGGGUGACAUCUUUCAGCAUAGACUUGGAUAGCAAAAGAGUAACAGUGAUGGGACACUUGUCACCAGUGAGUGUGUUGGAAAGCAUAUCAAAAGUGAAAAGAGCUGAAUUUUGGCCUAUAAAUAGUUGUUGAAGAAGAGAAAUGGCCAUUGUGUUUUUUAUUUACAUGAACAAGAAAGAGUGAAAGAGAGACUUAUUACAUAAAAAAAAAGUUGUUUUUGGCAUUUGGCUUCUAUUUAGGUAGAGUUCUGCUUUAAAUCCUAUGGUUUUAUCAUCAUUCACCAAAAAGAUCUGUUGUGCAAAAAUUGUUGAACUCUCAUCAUGUGAACAAUGCUAGUACUGAUGCUGAUUUCUUUGUCCCACUUAAA